AUGUGGCCGGGACAGAGAGAUCCACGUUGUCAUGAUGCAGCAUAUGCACAUGAAACACCACAGCCAUCAUUCUUGCAUGCAUUCAAAGACUUGUUGCUUCGGGACUACAGCCAUACAUCUGGCAACAGGGCACCCGGCCUUCAUCCGCCGCUCCUAGGAACUUCGUCGUCUGAGCACAGCUCUGCCAGAGUCUCUUCCGAUCGAGCAGACCGAGACGAGAGAGAACCAACGUCUGGUUCUACCCAACUAUCAUUUUAUCCGCUGUUACUGUUGCAGGAUCUGCCAUCAUUCCCUUCAUCGUUGGCCACCUCACAGCUAUCAGCUAUCUUUGCAACAUCAUUCCGGGAUCAGUUUUAUUUUCAUUCCUUGAUCGCCAUCGAAUCGAAGGCUCCUUAUCUUGCAUAUGCCCGCGCGUGUUUAGGUGCCGUUAUUCAUGCUCGCGAGCCGCUUAUAGCCACGUCGUCUGGUGGUGAUGACCCAAUCCAGGGCCCCGCAACGGACUACUUCUGGGCAGGGAGCAGAUUGCUCACCCUUAUUCUUGAACUAGACAAUCGGGAGGCAAGAAAGAUUGAGGUGUUGAUUGCUGGAGCGCUUUUGGAGACGUAUGGCAUAUUGACAAGCGACCCAAAAGUCUGGAGAGCGGUAAAUCAGUUCCAUGGAUGCUUGGAAACAAUUGCACGGAGAUUGAGACUACAUGAAACCCCUUUUCCAGCGAAAGAUGAUCAUAGUGAUGAUGUGCAAUCAUCUGCGACGCAUCUUCACCGAAUCAUGUCCCAUCUUUUCCUUCUGGACAGCAUGCGAGCAAUUCACCUGAAUCGCACUCCGUCGUAUUCAGCCACAGAGUUACAUAUGCCGUUGCCGUCGGGUACCCAUGGUUUCCAAGAUGCCUAUCUCUCGCUGAAAUGUGGCCAAUUCAACAAUCUUGCCGUGUCCAGUGAGAAUGCCCUCCUUUUACUGAGUGCGAUAUUAUCAGACACAAUCGUCUACACUAGAGUCUUUUAUGGCGCAAACUGCUCCACAUACUGGGGUGCUCUCCCCAGAAUCGGUCAACAAAACGACUAUCUGACUCCUUUCUCGCCCAGUCGAGAAGCAAGAAAAGUCCGUAGUAAUAUGUCCCUUGCGCUCGAUCACUGGUUUGAUUAUUUCGGAUCUGCGGUCCCAUCGGAUAUCAGGGCGCUUUAUUUUUUUUGCCGUCUACUCCUGGUUUGUCCACAGACACUACAGCUCCCCCGACUAGCCCAGUAUGCUUGUCCUUCCGAAGAUCCCCAUCAUCCGCAGCCGCCUGACCCCCUUGGUGCUGUGUGCUUUGACAUUCCGGAGGAAGCUUUAAAGGUUUCAUGGCUUCUACUCGAACAGGUAGAUGUGAAAGCCAACAAGGCCGUGGCUUCUGUAUGGCUUCCCAUCAUUCUGUUUCAUGCGGCACUUGUGGUAGGCGCAAAACUCCUAGCGUCGCCGCCAGAAGCUGCCGGGAAGAACGGGAUUUUGCGCUCCCUCACACUUUUCAAGAUGGAGUUGGAACACAUGCCAUGGCCCUGCUGUGAAGCUAUGAUCUCUACUAUAGACAAGGUCAUGGGACUUUAG